AGCAAUGAGUCAGCAGCAACUCCAAAGCCAACCAGCUGUCACUUGCAACAAACUACCUGCUGCAAAGAUGGUAAGGGGAAAUAAUGCUUGACUUUUCUCCAGGAUUUGCAAGAUAUUUAAUCUCAGAAACAUUGUGAUCAGUUUAAAAAUGUCAUUUGCUCUAUUUUUGUGGCAGGAAAAGACGGCAAAGAUGGGAAAAACGGUAUGUCAGUGUGCAUUUAUAAGAACCUUAUUCCCGAAUCAAUCUCACUUCUUUUAAAGUUUACAUGAACACUUCUAAGCAGGCUCCUGAUCUUAGACAAAAACAAAACCAGUAAAUCUCCCACACACACAACACACUUAACCUAUUCAAUCACACCUAAUUUAAAAUUUCGUUGUUUUUUUCCUCCGUUGACCUAAUUUAUAAGCACAGUGUUGCAUGCAAUGGAAGACAAGAUGAUCGAUCCUUCUGUUCCUUUAAUACUUCGAUCUACUUACCGCCGUCCAAUCCUGGAUGCAUUUUAAACAAAACACGUGAAAACAGGGUUCGACCUGACCAUUCUCGUUUCCAAUAGAAUCAAGGCAAAUAGGGCAAUCGCCACUGUUCAUUUCUUCUCCAAAAAAUAAGUGAUGAAUCGACAUCUAGUAAUUGGCGCCCUUUUUUAUAUUCACGCAGAAACAAUCGAGAACUGCAUGUCGGGAUCGCCCAACUUGUUUCCAGGGUUUGCCCAACCUCGUACCCAGACUCUUUUAGAUUCUUGGUACGAUUUUAGGUAGGUACCUCAUAUAUGAUUAUUAUAGUGUAGUACCAACCCGAUGCACGCAAAUGACUGCAAUUUUCGUUAGGUUGGUUUUCAAAAAAUCGGCUAGAACUAUAAUUAAAAACAGUACGAGUCAGUUGAUUAUUGAAAGGAGUUUUAGAAUUAAGGAUUUGUAUGAAGCCAUCAAAGCAUAACGGUUCUUCUUGCUCCCAAUUUGCAUUAACGAGGCCCCGCCAUCACUAACAGGCUCCCACAUUUUUCACAUGUGGGCUUUUUAUCUUGUUCUUUCUGGAUAAGUCAACCAAAAAAAAAAUUCAUAAAUUUGAAUUGUUGUGACGUCAUACUUCUCUUCUCAAUAGGAGAGUCGACAGAGUUACUUUGCAUGGAAUGCUAAUAAACCGUUUUUAUUAUAUGAAGAGCUUUGAUUGAAUGAGAUAUUCUAUGAAUAAAGGAGUCAGUUUUCUAAGGCUAUGUUCUCUCUCCUCCCCAAAGGUUCACGCUGGGUAUCCCAAUAAAAAUAACAAUAAUGGAAUAAUAGAAAGCGCUUGUCUCUUUUCCCUUCCCAUCAUGCCACGCGCGCUCUCUUUUUCUUUCUCCCCAGCCUCCCUACGUCAAAAAGAAGCCUCUACGGAGGAGAGUGGGCUAUGUUCACACUGUCUCGGAUAGCUUUCCGUGCUUUUUUGUGCUAUCCGGUAUAGAAUGAACAUACGGCUAAGAAACUGUGGUGUUGCGUCGUUGGGGUGAAGUGCAAAAAUUUGGUGCUAUAUAAUAAAUGGGUUGAUAAAAGUCGAUUUGAUCUGAUAAAGGCCCUUCUCGAAAUGCCAGCUUCUUGAAAGUGGCUUCUUAAAAGUCUCUCAAAAGUGGCUAAUUCAAGUUCUUUUAUCCCGUCAGUUCAACAGACUAUUUCCGGCCCGAUAAGGGCUGCAGCCAGAGCAUGGGUGCUUUCACUUUGAGCAAUAAUCUAUUGGCAAAUGUAGUGAAGGCGCAUAAAUAGGAAUAUUUCAGGUUGUUAAUAUGACAAACCAGCAUUUUGUCGAUGGGUAACUGAAUAAUUCCCCUUUGAAGCCUCCUUCACUGAAACAUGGUAUAUCGCAUGCCUUUUUUAUCAAUCUACGCCAAAUAUAGUUGCAAAAAAUGGUUACAAAUGCACACGCAACUAAAUGGUUAUUGAAUUAAUUAAGACUGAAGCCGCCAACAAAGAAAACAAGUCGUGAAAGAAAAUUUGCUGUUGUGCUAGUUAUUCUUCCUUGUGAUACGACUUUUGCUAUUCUAUGCUUCUUUUCCUAUGUACUUUACUGAACUUAAAACAUUAAAGUCGUGAGAAAAAAAAUCGUAGCUUGGGGCCGAAACGUGCCAAACCUCAUGUAAGGCGCCGUUUGAUUACCUGUAUAACGCACACUCUGACUGCCAUGAAAGAAAAUCUUAAAACAACCGUGCAAGGCAAGCCCCUCAUGCAUUUCUCACCUAUAGUAUUUAACGUAACCCUAUUUGAAAUAAUAUAAAACAGUUCACACGGCAUUUUGAAACAAUUACAUUCAGUUAGUAAAGUCUUUGAUUUGCUGCCAUUUUCAGUCUUAAAGAUGUUUGAGGGGUAUGAGAGGUGUCGAGUGCUUUAUCAGAUCAUUUGAUCACUCGUUUACAAAGGCUACACCUACUAUUCUUUGUAACAAUAUGUUGAGGUGUCCACAUUCAACCUACCUGAGACAAAUAAGCUUGGCUGAAAGCAUUACUCCUUAACUCGCUAAAGCGUUGAGAAUCAGUCAAACCUGAAUAUGACCAUCUUGCCUUUUUUGUUUGCUUUAAGCCUUUUUGUGGCCAAUCUGAAACAAUCUGCUCCUCAGGUAAAUGUUUUCAGUAAUUUAUUUUCAGCCUUAGUUAUGUUUCUAUGCAUGAUAUCACAACCUGGAUGGAUUUUAAUCCAGUAUCGUCCAAAUGUGAUAGAGCUGAUCCUCUAAUAUAUUUUGAAUUUCAGACGUCUUACGUCUUUUGUUUUUCAAAUCAACUUCCUUACAAUUGAAAGAUCGAUUCAUGUAAAAUACUACAGACAUUCCGCUUGGGCAACCCAGCGAUGGAAUAGCAUCACAUCCAGGGGAAGUAGCAGUACCACUAGGGGCUGUAUUGUACUUAGGGGUAAAAUAAGUUAUGGUGACAUACUGCUGGGUAACCCUACGAUGGACUAACAUCCCAAUGAUACAGAGGAAUUAGUGGUAUACCACUAUGUCUUGUACCCAGGUAUAAAAUGAGUCAUAAUGAUAUACUGCUGGGGGUAAACCCACGAUGGACUAACACCCCAUCCAGGGGGGAGUAACAAUACUUCCAGUUGUUUUCUGCUACAGAAUCUGGGUUAAGCUUCAGCCGCUUGGGUCGUGUAAGCCACCUUGGUUUACUUUCGCCUUCCAAUAGCUAUACCAGCUUCCAUUUCUAUGCAUUAUAUCUAUUCUGCCUGUAGAGCAAUGAGCCAGCAGCAACUCCAAAGCCAACCAGCUGUCACUUGCAACAAACUACCUGCUGCAAAGAUGGUAAGGGGAAAUAAUGCUUGACUUUUCUCCAGGAUUUGCAAGAUAUUUAAUCUCAGAAACAUUGUGAUCAGUUUAAAAAUGUCAUUUGCUCUAUUUUUGUGGCAGGAAAAGACGGCAAAGAUGGGAAAAACGGUAUGUCAGUGUGCAUUUAUAAGAACCUUAUUCCCGAAUCAAUCUCACUUCUUUUAAAGUUUACAUGAACACUACCCGUCUUGCCCAUCGUAAGUGCUUCGUUUUGGCUUCUCUUUAUUUGUCUUAAUAAUAAUAAUAAUAAUAAUUAUAAUAAUUAUAAUAAUUAUAAUCAUAAUAAUAACAAUCUUUAUACAAGGAGCUUACUUCGCAAAGAGUGAUAUUCAGUGAGGCCUAAUAGUAAUAAUAAGUAAAAAGUUAAAAACUAACAACUUAACUUGUAUAAGCUACAGGUUAAAAAUAUUAAAAUGUCAGAUAGAUUAAAAUAUUAAAAGCUAUAAAAUGUCUAAAAUAUUGUCUAUAUGAAUAUAAAAUAUAAUGUGUUUUAUGUCUUUGUAUAGAACAGUUAGAUCAUGAAGCAGUGAUAUUAGUUUUGAUAUUCAAGCCAAUUUUCAGAUCUUGUAGAAAGUGCUGUACUUAGCAGUUACCUAAAUAGUUGAACCUAGAGUUUGAACUGUAAAGUGACAGCGGAGACGGUGGAGAAAUGAGCUGAAAUUUUUUAUUGCAGUAGCAAUAAAUGGGCACAUUUCUGCAGAGAUAUUCUAUCGACCUUCAUAACCUAAGAAUAUUUUUAACACAUCAAUACCAAUAUAUUACGCCUGGCACACUUUUGAGACUGAUUUUAUCAUGCUACCCAUUCCACUUGAAAUAUGCAAGGGUCAUAUAUAUUCUUUUUCUGGGUCAGAAACUGUUUAUUAUUAAUAUACCACAUUAGAAUCGAACAACCGCCACACUACUUAUUAAAGGCUUCGACUUGUUGGUGAGGCUCUUAUUUUGGGGUGUGGCUCACUCAAAACUAGCACAGAAAUUACCCAACCUUUCUAUCUCCUUUGUUUUGUUCAAAAAAUAUAACUAUGGAAAAAAGUUUGUUUCAAACGAUUGGUUAACUUUCUAAAUUCAAAAACAAUUUUCUCGGACAAUUUUCUGUGCUAUUUUUAGAGCUUCCAAUCAUCAACUUGUAGACAAAAAGAAUUAAAACUGAAAUGCUCUUUAAGCUUUCAAAUAUGAAUUCAAAUCUCUCACUAACCCGGGGUUAUCUAACCCAGCUUUGAACAACUCGGCCCUGGUGGAUAGUUUGAACAACCGGGGCCAGAUGGUACGGCUCAGGAAAAACCUGGGGAGAGCGCCAAAGGAGCCUUCGUGGCCCUCCUCAGUCUCUACUCAGUCUCUCGAGAUAACAUUCACGGGAUCCUAUGAAAAUAAUAAACGCGUAACUUUAACCAUGGACAAUUUUUUUGUUGCUUAUACAGGAAAAGACGGGCGCGAUGGAAUUCACGGUAGAGUAGAAUAUUGUUUUUACUCUUCAUGCAGUGGUAAAUAAUAUGGUUACGUGUACACUCGAUCCUAGAAAACUCCCUCGGCUUUGUGUCGGAGAACGUUGCAAACGUUUCCAUGCAAAAACUUGGGGGCGGGUGGGGGAGGGGGGCAUACGGAAUUUUCGCGCGAACGACGCCAAGUAUUUCCUAUGCAGUCAGGCUGUAGCGGUGGUGUAGGCCAAUCUCUCAGGAGUGCGCGAUUACUCGGGGCAAGCGGCAUUUUUUCUUUUCUGGAGAUGGAGUUUAUUAGAUCCUGGCGAAAAAAAAAACCGUCAGGAGCCGACGAUGAUACCGUCAUAUGUUCUACAUUCAGUUUCCGGACAACCUGUUGCUUAUUUAGAAUUAUUUAAACCUAGGAAAAGACGGCCGCGACGGAAGAACUGGCAGACGUGGAGCGAAGGUUGUUGUGAUUUGUUUCCUUGUUCAGUUAUUAGUAUUAAUUUUUACAAGACCUUCCUAUGACUCACUUGGCAAACCUCAUGUAGCGCUUUCAUGCUAAAACUACUAAUAUCUAAAGUGGGCACAGGUUUAGAAGGAGUAUGAGCUACCUAUUCUAUGUACUCAUAGCAGUUUUUUGUCAGCUUUCUUUGAUUUUCGCAAUCCGUGGUACGCAGACUCCAAGACAGGCAUUUUUCCCGACCACGUAAUAGCUACAAUAGAUGAGGAAAAUAUAACAUGCAUCUUGUAUAGAAAAGGCAAAUGGUCAUACAUCAUACAGACCAUUUAUGCCAGGGUGUAAAGCUGGGCGUAACUACCGUAAAAGAGAAAUCCCUAGCUGUUAUAUACCCCUCCUUGCAAUUGCAUAAAGUACUGGUACCUGGAAACUCAAAAACUAGCGACAGCCCUGUUAAAAUAUUGUUGUUCUUGAGUUGUUUGUGUGAUUCUUUGUUUUCUUUUCUUUUGUUUUGUUUUUUUUUUGCCGUCGCUUUUAUUCUCUUUUUUCAGGGGGAAAUGGGUGAACCAGGCAUCAGAGGUCAAGAUGGAAAAACUGGUGCCAAGGUUUGCAGAUUUUAAACCUUUUAGACAAAUCGGUCUUAAACAACUAAAAGAAGUGUUGUACAUCAUUUCUCGCUUGACAAUGAUAAACGUUAAGAAUAUGAAAGGAAUUUAUAUUCCUGCAAUUGAAAGGACAUCUGGGGUUAGCUAUCAGUUGUGCAAAAGGUAAAUUAAAUAGCCCUGUUCAACUCUUUUCCAGCGAAAAAAUACAAUUAUUUCCCUAUUAACACGUAUCCACCCGCUGAUAACUUAUAUGGUCAUGGGUAUCUUGAACAACCGGGGUCGAACAUGAGAGGUGUCAUGAUGCUUAUUAAAUUGUGUCAGUCGCUUCUUCAAUUACUAUGACUUUUUUCCAAGGCUUGUAAUUUUGAUAUCGAGUUUUGCCUUGUGUCGUGAAGUAUUUUGAAAGUUUUUUAAGUUUCGUUUUUGUUUAAUUAAGAAGGUCAAAGUUAGUUUUGAUUUUGUCUAUAGGUGUCUUCCUGUUUUCAUCUUAUGUUUUUUACUUCAGGGUUGUGCUUGAAUUUUUACUUAGCUCGAGAGUUCACUCAGUAAUUCCAUUUUAGGAAUAUUCUUCUCUUGCCAUUGUCAGAUGUUAGUUUUUCGUAGGUGGUCAUGUUUUAGAUAUUAGAGCUGACCUUGGUUCAUUAGUCUCGUUAAGGUUCCUGUUUGGGUUUGUUAGCCAGCGUUUUAGUUUAUCAUUGGUUUGUAGCCUCUUGCCGAUCGCAACCAUGUAGGUUCGGUGAUAUCAAAACAUUACCCACGGAGUUCACCUUGAUUUUGUUCCCUCGGUCAGCUAACCCAAACAUGUCCAGCUAUGGCUAUAAAAACUGCUACUACUAGUUAGUGAGAGAAGAGUUAGGACUGAGUAGAGAAGAAGAGUAAGACGAUUAAGAUUGUUAGCAGAAGUCAAACAAUAAUAAAGACCAAGAUGUCAAUCAGGUUCCUGGUACCUGAUCAUGUAGCGAGCGAGUUGCUCGAAUACAGUCCACAUAUGUAUCGCCUUAUGUAAGAGAAUUCAAGGCAAUCUUUGAUUCUGGAUUCCGCGCCGUGGAUUCCAGGUACUGGAUUCCAGUCUUUGUCGGUGGACUCUGGGAUUCUGGAUUUCAAUCGUUAGUGGGAUUCCGGAUUCCUAGUUGGGUUAUAUUCCGGAUUCCAAAGCCAAAUUGGCUUUGCAUGGUCACGCACUGUCCUGUUCCAUCUUUCUACUCUAGUUUUCAUGUUUAACUGUCUACUUGCUACACGUUUUGUUACGUACAAUUCAAGGUGUGGUAUCGAGGCCAAAGUAAACAAAUAAAAAUCUAACAGGUUAUAAAAUGUCUCCUGUCUGCUGUGGAUGUGAAAUCUAUUUUCAACUAAGCAGAAGGAUGUACGUACAGUCUGUUUGUCAGCUUAAAUUUAAAUCAAAAUAGUCUGAUAAUUUGGUUAAUUUGGUUUGGUUUAAAGGGGGAGAAAGGUUCCUCUGGAGACAAAGGAAUGAAGGGCGAAAAGGGACAGCCAGGACCAAAAGGCCGUAAGUCACGUGAAGUAAAGUAAAAGUGGAACAGUAAGAAAAAAUGGAGAAGUAGACACAAUAGCCUGAGAAACCACAAAACAGCCGACAUUUUGCGACACCACCACUGGUUUCCCCGCGAAAUUUCGAUGAGGGGGAACCAGUGGUGCCGUCGCGAAAUGUCCGCUGUUUUCUUAAGCUAUAGACACAACAGACUUCCCACACCCUACCCCUGUGGAGGGCUACUUAACCCAAGUUUAGCUACAGGUUCCGUUCCGCUCAGGGCUGUUUGAAACCCCGACGCUGUUUAGAAUAAAUAUACCAUUAAUUAACCUACUCAGUGCGAGACAACAACGUUUUUUGGAACCCGGCCUCAGUGUUGAAAACGAUGAAUAAAAUACGCGCCAUGCUGUUUCAGUAUGAGAAAUUACUAACCGAAAAUGUUCAGGUCAGAAUUAUCUUGUAUAUAUUUGUAGAAUUGCAUACCCUGUUACCCUAAUAUAGAGGUCGGUUCGUCCCUAUUUCAGAGGUCAAGUAACAAAAUGCCUCCGCACCUGUAGUCUGCUCUACAGCAGUUUUUUGUGUCGUCACGCAACGCUCCCCCACUCCAACAAGGAGCGUUGCGCGGCGACAUUACAAACGGCUGUGUAGUAGACUAUCACAGCCGCCCAAACACCCACACACCGGACUGAAACUCUUGCGUUUUUUCCUUUUUCAUUAACAAAGAUUGCGGUAGCGGUUUCCACUUCCUUGAGAAAGUUCAAGAUCUACCAACCCGAGGAGCUUGUGAUGUCGAACAUUUCAUCAUUAACGGGACUCUGUUUCUCGCCUUUGCCAACUACCUUGGGGACAUCCGCAGCUACAAAACAGGCUCCAUGAUCUACAGGAUGGACGAAUUAACUGGAAGACUAACUUUGUAUCAAACCUUGCAAACAAGUGGAGCUUACGACAUUGAAUACUUCACGAUCUCUAAUGAACAUUUCCUUGCCGUGGCCAAUCAUUACGAUGGAACUUACCUGAAAGAUUCCAUAAUUUACAAGUGGAAUGGAAAGCUGUUUGUCGUCGUUCAGAAAAUACCUACAAAAGGAGCAAGUCACUUUAAAUUUUUCGCUAUAAAUGAUAAGAAAUACAUUGCAGUGACAAAUUACUAUGAUGGUAGUACCUAUUUCAUAAAAUCAGUCAUCUACAAAUGGAGUGGCAAUCAGUUUAGCAAGUUUCAGGAGAUAGCAACAGAAGGUACGUUGGGCAGUGCGGUGUUUAUAAUGAACAAUAACACUUUCAUCGCGUUUGCAAACCAUUAUAACUCGCAAAAGAAAUAUUCUGUUCAUUCCACUGUUUUAAAGUGGUCAGGAGGACACUUUGUCAAACUACAAUCUCUUCAGACUUAUGGAGCAAGGAAUGUGAAAUCCUUUCAAAUCAAUGGUCACACAUUCCUUGCCUUUGCCAACUACUACUCUGGAAGUAAAUAUAAUACCGACUCCUUCAUUUACAAGUGGAAUGGCAACAAAUUUGAUUUGUUCCAGUCCAUUCCUACUCGCGGAGCCCGAGCAUUGCAUCCAUUUGUGAUCAGCGGUCAAACGUUUUUGGGUGUGGCCAAUUACCAUGGUGACAGCCAGAAGUACAGUACAAAGUCCGUUGUGUACCAAGCCUCCGGCUCGCGGUUCGUCAUCUACCAGGAGAUUCCAACUCAGGGAGCAUCUGACAUAACUUCAUUUGAGUACAAA